AUGCGUUUGUCUACUCCCCUCCUACUGGCACUGCCAGUACUUGGUGUUUCUGCCGAGGGCGCCUACGAGCAAUACUAUGCCAAAUUCCAAAACUUCCUUGGUCAAUUUGGCGCAACGGCCCCUAGCGCAACGCCCGAGGCCGACAAGGCAAAGAGCUCCGAUGCCAACACCGCAACCGGUGGUCAAGCACCUGCCAAGCCCAUCGAGGUAUUGACGUUGGAUAACUGGAAGGAUUUGCUCUAUGGCCCCGUGAAGUCGACUUCUGCGGAGCCUGAGGAGUGGUGGGUGAUGGUAACCGGUGGCAACAAGACAUGUUGGGGCCGCUGUGCCAUGUCUGAGGCUUCCUGGAACGCUUCGGCACCCAAGAUCGCUGCCCUUCCCAAUUCCCCGCACUUGGCCUACCUCAACUGCGAGGCCAAUCCAAUCCUUUGCAACGUUUGGUCUGCCGGGGCACCUUCCAUCUGGUCCUUGAAGAUGAAGCCGGCUCCCAGCGAGGUUGAGAUAUACAUCAAGCCCCUGUCGCGCAACGAGACCACGGCCCAAACCAUCAUGGACGUCUACGAAGAGGGCUUUGUCAAGGGCAACAAGGACAAGUGGGUGUUCAACGACAGCCUCUUCCACCCAUUCAACGGCUUCUUUGCCAAGAACAGCCUUAGCGUUCCCGUUGCCUACAUUCUUUGGUUCUUCAGUGUCGUUCCCAACUGGGCCGUGAUGCUUUGUGUGUCUUUCAUGAGCCGCAGCAUGAUGAACCGCCGCAUGGGAGUCAACCAGGCUGGUGCUGGACAGGCUGCUCGUCGCGGCGCACCCCCUGGCGAUGCCAGGUAA